UCUCAUGACGUAGGCAUUAAGACAUUUAUGACAAAUAACCAAGGCCAAAUAGUAAAAAAUCACUUUUUACGAUUUCACGAAGAAAAAUUAUCUUACAAAUGUAUUAAAAUAAUUUUAAGACUUUUGUCUGAUUUCGGGUAAUCUAAUAUUGUAGCACGUCCAAGAUUGUACAAACGUAAAAUUCAUUCAGAAGGCUCAUUUACGACGAAUUAAACGACGAGCUAUUGAAUCUUGGAGACCGAGCGAUAAAAAUUAUCUAACAAAAAUGGUGAAAGUUUAUGCACUACUUGUAUUGUACAAAGGGAUUAAUAAUGCAUCCAUUCUGAAAGGUGCUUAUGAUCUUCGGAGUUUUAGUUAUUUUCAAAGAAGUUCAGUGCAAGAAUUUAUGACUUUUGUUAGUAAAACUAUGGUAGAGAGGACACAUCCAGCAUCAAGGCAAUCAGUUAAGGAAGGAGAGUAUAUGUUGCAAGUGUAUGUGCGUGCAGAUAAUUUAGCUGGAGUAUUGAUAUCCGAUCACGAGUAUCCUAACAGAGUAGCACACACUUUGAUCACUAAAACUCUUGAUGAGUUUACAGCUGCAGUUCCAUCAAGCACUUGGGCUACGGGUAAAGAAUCAACAAUUGAUUUUCCAUCAUUGGCUUUACAUUUAGAAAAAUACCAAAAUCCCAAAGAAGCUGAUGCAUUGACGAAAAUUCAAAAUGAUCUGGAUGAAACGAAAAUUAUUUUACAUGAUACAAUAAAAGCUGUACUUGAGAGAGGUGAGAAGUUAGAUGAUUUGGUUGCUAAGUCAGACAGCCUGUCGAUGCACAGUAAAGCAUUUUAUAAGACUGCGGCAAAAACUAACAGUUGUUGUAAUUUUUGAACAGUAUAUUAUUAUGAUUAACUGUUAACAAAAAUGGCCAUAACUAUUGUAGUAUUGUUGAUAGUUGCUGAAUGCUAUGUACUAUUUAAAAAAAUUAUAUGAGGUUUGAUAUAGCUUUUAGGGAUUAUAAAAUAUAAUUGUAUCUCUGAUUAAUCUGUAACCUGUCACUAAGAGAGUGGCAACUAGCCACAAAUACUAAAACCAAUUUUAGCAAAGGCUUGAAGAAUUAUCCUGACCCAUCGAAUUAAAAGUUCAAACAAAUAUUGAAUCAUCAUCUUUUCCUUAAGAAAUUUCCUUUUAUGUUUGUCUGGAAGUUUGUUUCCUAAAAUUUAAAAAUUUUAGAGGGAUAAUUUAUUUUAUUACCUCUUGAGAUUACGUUUGUGUUGUAAAUUAUGAUUGUAACUCUAAAUCAUACAAUUAUGGCUAAGAGCCAAGAAAAAAAAAAAUUAGUUGAAGACUUUUGGGUUUGUUAGAAUUGGAGAGCAACAUAAUUAUUAACAUUACAACAUUAUUAUUUAUAUUAUUGAGUAAUUUAAGAGCAGUGAGUUUAAUGUUUAAACUACAAAUGGGUCAUCAUGUCAUACUAAUUAAAAUUGAUUAUUCCAAAGUAGUAUAGUAUAUCAUGAAAAUAACUCUAAGGUACCAAGUGUACAUAUGUUGUAACUUGUUAUUCUGUUGCAGAUUACUGUAGUAUACUUGAAUUCUUAACUAAUUAAAUUUUUGGUCUUAAUUGCAAUUGUUAAACAAGUCCAGAUGCAGACAUUUUGAAUUAUUUUCAUCAUCACAAUGAAUGUCGACUUACAGUAUUGGUCUAAGGUCUAAUAAAUGGGUUAAGGAUCGUGUGAUUUCAUUGCAAUAAUGUACAAAAAACCAUGCACAAAACAUUUGCAAUAACAGCUUAGAAAAGAAAGAUUGUGAAAGUGACUUAUUUCAUGGUUUUUACUAAAAUUUAAAUGUGAGCUUUAUUUAAGUGAUAAAUGGUUAAAUAGGAAUAGAAGUUUAACAAUUCAGAGAAAAAUGUUAUAAUUAUGAAUUAUGAAGUCUUCUUAUUGCAUUCCUCAAAAAUGAUGUUGUUAAAAAAUAAAUAUAUCUAUGUAUGAAAAAAUUAUUAAUGGUAAUGUAUAGGCCAGUUAUUAAAGAAAAAUUUGAUCAAAUGCUGCAGUUUAUCAAAUUCGAUUAUAUUAUACAAGUUGAAGUAGUUUGCAAAAUUGAUCUGAACUGUUGGGAUGAUGUAACAAUAUUCCGAUAAUAGCUAGCCAUUAGGAGAAAAUUGCCAUUCAAGAGUUGAAUUCGUGACAUUAAUUUUAACAGGCAAGAAUGAUCUGUUCUGCUCUUAAUUAAGAAAUUCGUUAUCAGCAGGCUUGUUUAUAGGCAUAUUAUUUAUUAUGUGCAAAUAUAAAGACAUUGCACUGAGAAUGUUUAAUAUUUUGAAAAUAUUCAAUUCUUCAAUUGCAUCACAACUGCUAAACAAGUUUGAUCUAGUGAGUCUGUGACACUAUUCAUUCAGUCACAACCAAAGUUCAUUCAUAACCCUUGCAGAGGUGUCGGUCAUAAUCACACGUUUAGGAUUACACAUGGUGGAUGCAUUACAUACAGUGCCUGAAACAAAUUCUGUAUAAUGCAAUGGGAUAAAAUCGUGAUGAUCAUGUUUGCUUCCAUUGCCAUCUUUAUAGCAAUAUAUAGAUAUUGUCAAAGGCAUGGGAGCCUGUUUGUAGCUAGCAUUUGGUAUUAAAAUAAUAGUAAAGAACAGGAACAAAUGUAACUAUAGUAUCAUAUUUACCAUCUAUAAACAAUUGAAAAUCAUUUAGUAUUGGCGUCAGUUGCCUGAAUGGCAACAUGAAGACGUGAUAUUUUUGUGCUCAUACUCAUGAAUCUUUUAUAUUGCUUUUUCGUUAACAUGUUGAACGCCACAUGAAAAAUCGACUAUUUUCAUUCAGGCCAUGAUGCUCACCGGUGAGCCUUUUACUGGUGAUAGCACGUCUUGUGAGUCUGCACUGGUAUGUACCAUCGUCCUGCCUAUAUCUUCCACCCAUCUAAGCAAUAAAAAAAAGCCUUAUCGUAGUGAAACGUUCGGCCAUGAGGCUCGCCCGGGAGUCACGCGAGGGUUCCAACGUAAACGCUUCCUACACACAAAUUGCAGCUAUCAAACAAAACGCGUAUGAAAGUGAGCCGCGUGGCCCUUUAACCAAACCGAACGCCUUGGUUUUCAAAUCCCAUAGAAAGUUGGUUCUUAUCAAGAUUAUUUAUUGCCUUUUAAAAUAUCUUAAAAACUAGCCUGUAAAAUUCGCUAAUUUUCACCAUCCGUGCAAAUUAUCGCAUUUUAUAUAUUUUAGAAUUCAAAUCUAGUUGUUAAAAAUUACUGAUUCCCUGAUUUUGGCUUGGCCUGAAUGGUAUAGUAAGUACGCUAGGCCCUUAAGUGGGCCGCAUGGCAUUCAAGGUGUUAAUGAAGAAAAAAAAGAGAAAAACAGUUACAUUUUAUUUUUAUCAUUAUAAAUGUAAACAAGCCUUAGGAUAUGUUAAAAGUUAAUGAAACCUAUGAAAUAUGUAUGUAAUUUGAAAAUUAUGAAAUGUAAAGAAACGCUGAUGUGAAUAGGGAAAUUCCCUUUUUUGGUGUUAAGGCUUAACAGUUAAGCAGAAAAAGAUCUAUAUUUAAUGUACUAAUCUAAAUCGAACAUAUUGUACCUUCAAUAGUAUAUUAUAUUUAUCUGCAAUGUAGGUUAAAACAUACUUUAUUUUGGGUGAUAAUUUUAUUACAUUACCAAAUAAAUAAUUAGAAUGUUAAAGAACGAUGUGUAUGUGUUGAAGAGUCGGAUUCCAAUUGUAUAUCCAUUAUUGUAACUAAAUAUAGUCGAAUGUUUGCUGUUA